AUGACUUCCAACCAGCGGAGCCGGCCGCUGACCCAAUGGAACCUCGGCGCCUUCACGUACUCUGCAAGUGGCAAUUCAUCUAACACGCUCGCAUCGCCUCCGGAGGCCAAGCAGAAAGAAGCAGCAAAGCCGCCGGCCACUCCACCGCCGUUGGCUAUGCCCAGGCCGUCCCGUCCAAAGGAUCCCCUCCCGCCGCCGCAGAUCCCAACCCUGUCGGAGAAUCCUUGGUCGACAUACGAAGAGGUCUUGUCGUUCCCAAAACGGCAAGUGUGUUUGGCACGGCGCCGCGGAAAUUACGCCGAGUUGGUCAAUGUGCAGCAACUCAGGCAGGACCCGUCGUCGGUCGCGCACGUAGUCGAAACGGUCAACCGAGUCAUUCACCCCAGCUUCCUCCAUCUAGUUCGGUGCUAUCGACAUGCCAAUCGCUCGUUCCUGAUCUGGGAGCCGACCGAGUUCUCCUUGACCCAAGUGCUGGGCUCGGCAUGCACAAUCAGUGAAGUUGAGAUUGCCUCGAUUGUUCACGCGAUUCUGAAAGGUAUCCAGCAUCUUCGUGACCGAGGGAAGGCCCUAGCCACCCUCGACAACGACCAAAUUCUGUUCACGGAGGCGGGCGCGGUGAAAAUCGCUGGAGUGGAAAGGAGCUGUGACAUUGACCCGUCAGUGAUGAAUGCGGAUACUCUGAAGCUGCGCAAGCUGGCAGAAACUGUCCUCCGUCUGAUGAAAAAAAACGGGGCCCACCACGCGUGGAGCCCGGCGGCUCAAGGGUUGCCGGAGAAGCUGAGAACCGAGCCUUUGGAUCGUCUGUUACAGGAUGAGGUUUUCACACAGUCAAAUGAUGGAGGAGAGCUGAAAUCAUUGGUCAGCGUGGUGAACAAGACUGCUUUUCAUAACUUUGGCUUCCCAGCCCAGAAAGAGAAUCCCCUGUGA